AUGGUUAUGUCUUUGAAGGUCUUGUUAUGCACUUUCAUAACUCUUAAUUUUAUUUCAACAGUACUUUGCAUCAAAUGUUGGAACUGCAGAUCUAGUAAUGACCCAAAAUGUGCGGAUCCAUUUGAUAAUUCUACCGUGCCUAUAACAGACUGCAAACAAGAAAAAGGGCUAAGACAUUUACCAGGAUUAAGGCCAUCUAUGUGUCGUAAAAUAAGACAGAAAGUGAAUGGUGAGUGGCGUUAUAUUAGAGACUGUGCUUACCUCGGAGAAGUUGGUAUACAGGGUGAUGAACGAUUCUGCCUUAUGAGAACAGGUACAUAUAACAUAUUUGUUGAAUAUUGUACAUGCAAUAGUAAAGAUGGCUGCAAUUCUGCAACUCUUAAAAACCCUAGUGUUCUUUUUACAUAUAUAGUAUUUACUAUUUGUAUUUUUUAUACAAUGUAA